AUGGAUUCGAAUUUACCAUUUUUUAGUCUUCCAUUCGCGGAUACGGAGACUUCAGACUUUUUUGGGAGAAUAAAGCCGGAGGGUGCGUAUGAUGGACUUCAUGCUGCGUUACCUUCGCAUGGGUCUCUACUGGGGCCCGAUGAUGUGUUGGCCCAGUUUCUGUCUGGGGACGAGCCUCUGGAGGAACCUGACUUGAAUGGACCUACUACUCUGCACUGCGAGAUAUGUAAGAAGCAGUUUGAUAACGCCAAGAAGUAUUAUGGACAUCUUAGAGUUCAUUCUAAGGAUAACUUGUGGGUUUGUGAAAAAUGUCCAGACCAGAAAUUCUCAACAAAACAGCAGUUGAUGAAGCAUGGUCUCACUCACAAGCCUCUCGGUAGAGAUUGGAAGUGCCUUCAUUGUAACAUGGCCUUUGAGGCUCUCUGGAAACUACAGCAGCAUCUAUUUGCUAAACAUUUGGAUUACAAGCCACAUAAAUGUGAUCAAUGUGAGAAAGCAUUUGCCAAACCAUCGGACUUGAAGAAGCAUAAAGAUAUGCACAAUGAUGUAAACAAGUACCCAUGUCCGGAGUGUGAGAUGCGUUUUAAGGACAAGUCCAACCUGAAGCGCCACAUGUUGCGACACGGGAACAUACAGCCUUACUGCUGCAGCGGCUGCGGAACCAAGUUCAAACAGGUGGCCUCCUUGAACCGGCACACUGAAAACUGUGUGCUAUACAUGUCGACCGCUCAGCCUAUAGAUAAAGGAGCUAGAAAGAAUUACUGCCGCGUCUGUGGCAUGAGCUUCCAGUACAAAAGCGCGCUGUUAGAACAUUGUGUCAGGCAACACACGAUAUCAACUUCGAAGCCAUCAGAACCGGACCAACAGAAAGAAGACAAAAAUCUAAAUGACACAAACAGAAUCGUAGACAAUAUUGUAGACGACAUACUAUCCGCUGAGGACGAUUACAUGACAAUGUCAUCACAAAACGAAAUACUAAACGUCUAUAACACGAAUGAUAUAGACACAAAUACAGAAAAUUUGAUGCAAAUAGAACUUCUAGAUGAAAUGAACCAACUACACAUAUUAGACGGCGAACUAUUUUACAACGACAUGGAUUUUGACAGUAUACAACCCAGCCAUAUGUUUAAUAAUAACACCGAAAUCGACUAUGCAACGGACAAAAAUACAGAAAUACUAUUUGACUAUACAGACACAAAUAAAAGUAGCGACCAAGAUAUAAUGAACACGCUGUUCCAUGUUAAAGCUGAGUAUCUUCCCGAAGAGUUGCUAAAUCCACCUGAGAUAGUGAAACCGUCUGAAAAAGUUAGUGAAUAUAGUAACAAUCACGUGGCAGUUGACGAAUGUGCGACUAUAUUCGAAAGUGAUGUAGAUUUAGAAGCUAGUACUAAUUUAGCAGCGAAUUUGAACCAAUUGAUCGGUGAGAAUAGCGUCCAGUACAUUUCUACUGAAGAUGAUGAUACAUUCAUUAUAAGUUUGAAUAGUGAAAUUGAUGCUGAACAACUUACGGAUAUGUUAAAUAUAGGUGUUGAGUUAGUAGAUAACAAUAAGAAGGAGAUUGUACCUGAAAGUAAUAAUAAUAAUAAUUUAGAAGUUUUAGUGAAAGGAGAAAGUAAAGAACAUAAGAUGGUUGAUGAUUGUCCAGUCAAUCCUACAGUGCUAAAGGAGGUUAGUGGUCCUUUAGAAGAUGUCAGUAAAAAGCCACGGGUUUUAAAGGCGAGAAAGAGAGUCUUGUAUAUCUGCCGGACCUGUAAUAAAGUGUUUAAGAGGAAGAAUAAUUAUAAGUCUCAUAUAGCGACCCACGAGCCGUCUCUCCGUCAGUACAAGUGCAAGGUUUGCGGCGAGCAGUUCAGUUACCAGUCGACGCUGAACAAACACACGCGCGCCAAACACAUACCUACAGUGCUGCCAAACCACAGCUGUAAUAUCUGUGAUAAAAACUUUAAUCAUGCUUGGAUGUUAAAAGACCAUUUCCUCCGCGACCACGACGGUGUGACGCCGCACGCGUGUGACUACAAAGGUUGUAAGAAGAGCUUCUUCAAGAAAUGCGACCUCGUCGUACAUAAGAGGAGUCACACCGGAGAGCGUCCCUACUCAUGCAGUAUAUGUAACCGAAAGUUCCAGCAACUUGGCCAUCUCAAGCGACACGAGAGAGGCGUUGAUUGCACUAAACAUUUACAGAAACAGAAGGCCUGUUCGUUGCUGAUCCUAGAAGAGGUUCCGGUGAAGACUAACAGCUGUGAUAUUAAAAAAUUAAAGCUAAAGAAAUAA